ACAGCCUCUCUCUCCUUGUUCAACGUAGGCCAUCAUGGCGGCCAACCAAAACAAUCGGGAAAGAGGUAAUCAGCCAAAUUAUGGACAGGCAGGACAGUCGCCAUUCUUUAACCAGUCUCUCGGUGGUGGCCUUACUGUGGAUAGCUUAGCUGGCCCUAGAUUAUUCACUCCGAUUCCAUUAUCAGCCCCCGCGAAUCCGUCCACUCCAAUUCAAGGAAGUAAUGCAGCAGCCAAUAUUGAGCCACCAUCGCAAGCUCUUGGGUAUACAACCUCAUCUUCAACUCUGUUUGCAUCACCAUCCGUACCACCAUCAUCAGGAUUUUUACAGGCUUCAUUCUCACAACAAGAACUGUUCACUGCACAAAAUAAUCAGAACCAAGAUCCAUUUGCACAAAAUUUUGUACCCCAAGAAACCCAACAACCCCCUGUCCAGACCUUCAAUGAAUAUCAGGACCCGUCAUACAUGACACCACAGUUAUCAGAUGCCCCACCACCAAGCCAAGUUUAUGAUCAGUUUGGAGCAAGUCCAGGUAUGCAGUACAUGGAGACUCCUUUCCAAGAUUACCCACAGAGGCAGACAGAUCAAGGAUCAUUUCAAGAUUUGGCAGGAAAUAUGCAUAAGCCAACACAAGUAGUUUCACCACAGCCUAGCCAAGACCUGUAUGGUAGGCCACCACAGCCUCAAUUCUAUUCUCCAUCUGGGCAUCCUGUCCAAGCACCAACAUACUUUUACCAACCUAUCCAGCCACACUGGUUUUAUCACAAAGGUGGCAAAAUCUGGCUUCCCUUUUCUUAUGUUGAUUCUAGAAACUUAGAGGCAGCUUUCCAAAGUAAAGAAAGGACUGUCAUUGCCACAGAUGGUGGUCGCUUUGAUGUUGAUAUUGAUUCAAUGAAAAGAGAGGCUAUCUAUUGGGUGGAGGCGAGAACUGAAGUGCGUCGCUGUUCUUGGUUUUACAGAGGAGAGGGUGACACAAAGCUGGUUCCAUACUCUGAAAAUAUGGCUGAGCUGCUAGAGAAAGAGUACAAGCUUGUUGCAACUACUGGUGCAUGGAACAAAAAGCUGGAUUUAAAAAAUGGAGAAUCUGUGAUUUUCCAUAAUCAGAAUGUGAUUGUACACUAUUUACCAACCACAGAUAUGUAUGACUGGACUGGAGAGGAUUCUAAAUCAAGGCCAAGGGUUGUACGAAGAGGAAUAACAGACAUUGUGGAUGAAAUUGUUGAGGGUGAACCCGAACAAAUCGAUCACUUGGUUUUUGUAGUGCAUGGAAUUGGCCCUGCAGCAGAUUUGAGGAUGCGACCAUUAGUUGAAUGUGUUGAUGAUAUGAGGCAGCAAGGUUUGCAUUUGUUGGGGACGCACCAGUUUGUUAAAGAGGGAAUACCAGUGGGUCGUGUUGAAUUUCUUCCUAUCGAGUGGUAUUCGAAUCUUCAUAGUGAUAGGCAUGGAGUAGACAACCGAUUGAAUGCGAUUACCUUAUCAAGCAUAAACAAAUUCCGGAAUUUCACAAAUGAAACGCUCACUGAUAUCCUCUUCUUCACAAGUCCUAUGUAUUGCCAGGCAAUUUGUGAUACAGUGGUGCAAGAAAUGAAUCGUUUACUGCUUUUGUUCACAAGCCGAAACCAGUCAUUCCAGGGUCAAUUAUCCGUAUGUGGUCAUAGUUUAGGUUCGUGUAUCCUCUUCGAUAUUUUGGCCAACCAGGUUAAUAUUGAAACGGCUGACGACACCAGAGAGGUUGUAGAGGAGAUUCUUCAUGAAAACACUAGUGAUGAAAACACCGAGAGCUCACCUGUAGACGAAGACUUUGUGGAAACACCAGUUGCUCCUCCGCCAGUUCUUACUCAUUCACUUUCACAGACAUAUGCAUCCACUGUGCAGGAGGACUCAAUACCUGAUAUCGAAGAUGUUUUGAAAAAGCUCAGUCUGUCGGACUAUUUAUCGAAAUUUCACGAAGAGAAAAUUGAUACAGAGACACUGUUGAUGUGCUCUGAGGCGGAUAUGAGGGAUCUGGGGAUACCAAUGGGGCCAAGAAAAAAGUUAAUGGGAUUUGUUAGAGAGCAAGCACAGCAUCAGGAAAAGAAGAAAGCCGCUGACACAAGAAGCGAGCCUACUCCCAAGACUGUGGCAGCAGCUUCGAAUUCUGCUGCAACACAAGCUUCCGCAGCGCAAAAGUCGGUUAUUACGAAAGGCACCCAAACGUAUUUAUUCCGGUCAUUCUCUUCGGCUAGCGUUGAAGUUGCUUACGAGCGUGGCGUGGCGGGAACCGGACAACCAACGGUCCACUACUCUAAACUGAGCUUUGAGCCGGUAAACAUGUUUGCACUUGGCUCUCCCAUUGGACUUUUUGUGACAGUCAGGGGCGUCACAUCUUUUGGAAUAAACUUCAAGCUUCCAACUUGUAACUCGUUUUAUAACAUAUUUCACCCGUACGACCCGGUGGCCUAUAGAAUCGAACCGCUUGUCAACCCAACAAUCGAAGCUCCUCCAGUGCUUAUGCCCCACCACAAAGGAAGAAAGAGGUUCCAUUUGGAACUAAGAGAAAACUUAACGAGAGUCGGUGCAAAUCUGAAGCAAGGCUUUAUUGAAGCAGUUCGAAGCACGUGGGAAACUAUAAAUCAUUUCGCAAGAUCUCAUCGAACAGAGGCACUGGAUUCAGCAGAGGACGAAACAGAGACUGCGGUCGUGAAGCCCCUGCAAAAUGUGAACGAAGAAACUCAAGUUGAACACCAAGAACCUGAGCCUCAAAUCGAACCAACUGGCCCUGAACUUGGUUGUGGGAAGCUAAAUAACGGCAAAAGGAUCGAUUUUGUACUACAGGAAAGACCAUUGGAAAGCUUAAACGAGUAUUUAUUCGCCCUAAGCAGCCACACGUGCUACUGGACCUCAGAGGACACGGUGCUCCUGAUGCUGAGAGCAAUCUACGGAGCUGAAUGAAGAGAACUGAGGAUUUGCGUUAGUUCCCUUAGAGCCGUAUAACUCAUUGCAGAUUUAUUUAAACCUAAUUGGGCUGGAUGCCAAACUUAUGCAAUGCAGAUUCUAUUCUCCAUACCUAACACUUUUGCCUGUUUCCAUGGCAAAGUUUCAUAGAACUAGAGGUUUUAAAUAAGACAUAAUAUCUUUGUACGUAUUUUGUCUUCAUUAAGUUUUAAAAUGGAGUUGUGGUUGGACAUUAAGUUGAACGCUGCUGCAGUUCAUUUGAUUUUCUUCGUCUGCAGUGUGCUUAAAAUUGACUUCAGAAUUACAAUGGACAAUGGCUACAGAUUACAAAAAAUCACAGCUCAAGAGAAAUUUUCUUCAUGUCAUCGACAAAUAAGAUACUACAUAUAUUAGCGAUGUAUGAAUCAUCAACAAAAAUGGUCCAGUUACAUUACAAGCUGAAAUAUAGGAGCUGCAACACAGCUUAAAAUGUUUCUUCAGGUUUGGGUGGGGAGGUACUUAGUAAAGAGGCAAAUAAGCAGAGAAGAUAUUUUCAGUUAUUAAAUUCAAUAUGUAGAGUUUUUCAUCGCAGAUAUAUAAGUUUAGCUCUUCAGAUUAUGUCUUUUUCGAUCUAAUCAAAUUGUGAAUUUUGCAUAAUGUUCGCCGAUGAAUUAGCCUUAGAAGUUAUGAAAAUAUCCAUCAUUCGCAAACACAUUGUUACAGAGAAUUUUUCUAUAUUUACAAAAGUAUGGUAAAACAAUAGUCUUUGAUGUCAUGAAAUGAGGUGCUAUUUUGUUUGCAUCGACAAAUCAAAACUUCGAUGAAACCCUUUAUAACCGGAUACCUCUUAAAAAUAGCACCAUAUUAAUAUUGUUCCAAAAUCUCUUUCCUUUGCCCCAAGCCUUCUGCAGAUAACCCCCAAACAAGGGUUCCUCUCUAAGACCGACACCUCACUGCAGCAGGCAAUUCUCAGCAACAGACACCUCCUUACAAAGGACAUUUCCCUAUCGUGCAGUAGCGAAGGAGCCAUUAAAUUAUUUGCUCUUACAUGUUGAAAUUGCCCCUUUUGGUUUAUAAAUUUCCCUUUUGCCUGUCCCUUAGUUGCCGCACCCAUUUCCCCAUUGGCAAACAUGACCUUACGCUCUCCCUACCACGGACGCCUCUCUUCAACAGAAAAUCCUCUCUUCGUCCUCUGAAUCUCCAAAAGUUUCACUGUACCUUGUAGCUUGAUGACUCAAUGUAGCAUAAAUAGAUAUAUUUAGAAUGUUUAGGUCGUUCAUUAUCUUGUUCCUAUCUGUUAUAUAAACGAUUUGUUAUCAAAUCUGGGAAAAGCAAAUAA